AUGCAUUCAUGGACACAAACUACUUCUGGUUAUGAAGAUAUGUACACACAACACGCAAUUCCAAUUUUGAUUACUUGGAGUUAUGGUGUUAAAGAUAUUUCUGUUGAGGGAUCUUGGGAUAAUUGGAAAUCAAGAACUCGAUUGCAGAGAUCAGGUAAAGAUUUUACUAUAUUGAAGGUGCUUCCCUCUGGUGUUUACCAGUAUAGAUUUGUUGUUGAUGGAAGAUAUAGUUAUGCUCCGGAUUUGCCUUGGGCUCAAGAUGAAGCUGGGAAUUCUUACAAUAUCUUGGACUUACAUGAUUAUGUUCCUGAAGACAUUGGAAGCAUUUCUGGUUUUGAACCUCCUCAAUCAGCAACCUCAAGUUAUGAUAAUUCACAGCUUAGUUCUGAAGAUUACACAAAGGAACCACCAUUAGUUCCUCCCCACUUUGCAACUACACUGCUAAAUCUGCGUACGACAUCAUCAAAAAUCCAAACCGCCGAUUUUCCUUUGCACAUCACUCUAUUUCUUCUCAAUCAUCAUUUGUCAGCCGCCUAUUACUCCCAACAACAUUCGCCUUCCGUUCAACUGUCACGAGAAGUCUUGGCUUACCUCAUCUACUGCUCAUCCGCUGCAACCCCACCAGCCUUUACCGGAAACCCAAAACGGAACACCGUUAAGAACACCGAUCAUGCUACUCUCUUUAACUGCAGCUGUUUCCGAUGCUACACGAGUUACUGGGUCAGAUGGGAUGAGUCGCCGAACCGUGAACUCAUACCUGAAAUCAUCGACGCUUUUGAGGAGUGGUUGGCUCAGAGUAAUAAAGGUGGGAAGAAAGGGAAAGGGAAGAAGAGAGAAGCAUUUAAAAAGCUGAGGUAUUACAAUCUCCAACCCUAA